AUGGCAUCAAUUCGCCCCCGCUCUCUACCUUUCCGUGCAUUGCGCGCACCCACAGCUUCAAGGCCAAUAUGCCGACUCCAGAUCACCUCUCGAUCUACCGUGCAACAGAAGUCACAACUCACCCGCAACCACUCCACAUCCUCAGUCUCCGCCGAUGAAGUCUCCCAUUUCUCCAAACUCGCCAGCGAAUGGUGGGACCCAAUGGGCCACUCCCGAGUCCUACACCUGAUGAACCCUCUCCGCCACGAAUUCAUCGCACAAUGUCUCGCCGAAGGACCCCCACCAGCAGAUGCCCUUUCCCCCGGCAGCAAACCCGCAAACCUGCAUUACCUUGACAUUGGUUGCGGUGGUGGUAUUUUCGCCGAGUCACUGGCGCGUACUAUCCCCCUCGACCCAGCCGCAGAUGCACCAACACCCACCCGCGCCGCAUCGAUGACAGCCAUUGAUCCCACAACGGCCCUGAUCACGAUCGCGAAGAACCAUGCCCGGAUGGAUCCGACUGUCGACUCACAUCUACGCAGCGGGAAGUUCCGUUAUCUGAAUACAACCCUGGAAGAUGUCCUUGCGUCGGAAGUUGAAUCCCCGUCCGAAUCUUCAGUUACACACCCGCAGUUUGAUGUCGUUUCCCUAUUUGAGGUUAUCGAGCAUAUCGAUUUCAAGACUACGACCCCCGAAGCAUUCUUGGCUAAUUGUCUGCGUGCGGUUAAGCCGGGUGGUUGGUUGGUGGGUUCGACUAUUGCGCGGACACUUCCUUCUUUCAUCUUGAAUCAGGUUAUUGCUGAGGCGCCGUGGCCGAUUGGUGUUGUGCCCCGUGGUACGCAUGAAUGGAAUAAGUUCGUGAAUCCGUCUGAGUUACAUGCUUGGUCGCAGGAGGCGUUAAUUCGUGCUGCGGAUACGGCUGUGACUCGUGCGGGUGCUGCUGCAUUGGAAGGAUCGAAGUGGAAGUGUGUGGGUACUAUUUAUGUGCCUGGCUUGGGGUGGAAGAUUGUUCCUGGAUCUGAGGAUUGGGGAAAUUAUUUCUGGGCGAUCAAGAGGGGUGUUUAA